GGUGAGUUGCAUAAGUUUACAAGAGGCUGCAGUGUGGAUGGAGGCUGUCGCCCCGGUCUGUGGUGGACACGGAGCCUUAACGCUGUGUCCUUCCCGCUCUGAUGCAGCGGAUCAGCAGCCUCGCCGCAUGCCGGGAGUUCGGCGGCCUCGUGGCCUGUACAGCGGGGGUCUGUGCCCGCAAGAACAGCUGCAAGCAGCCGGCUGCGCACCGGCAGUGGGACGGUCCGGUCGUGCGUCCCGUGCGUGCUUACACCGCGGCGCCGGGCCGGAGGCUGUGCGGACGGAGUCUCGUGUUCGCCGGUGUGAAACACAGACUGUUCUGCUCGCAGCAUGGAGCUGACGGGCCCGAGGAGAGCUCCGGCCGCCGGCCCGCUAUCUCCGUGGUCGGCAUUCCAGACCCGAUCACAUGGAUCAGGUGUAAGGUCAUCAUGUUUGCACUCGAUCUGUACUUUGACGUCAACUCUGAGGAGUUUGAAAGAGGUGUGAAGCAGGCCUUGGUUCAUGUCUCCAACAAGAUGUCCAACGGCAGAUAUCAUGAGCUAAAGGGGAUAGUGUCCACUGAGAUGUUGGAAUAUGUUGAGAAGAGGUGCGGGUCUCUCACUGAUGCUCAGAGGAAGCAGCUCGGUGUCCAAAUGGAUGAUAUUGUAUUUGUGCUUCCAGAGGACAUCUCUGUCGUCUUUGAUCAGUAUGGUAGGAAGUUUUGCUACAUCGUCAUGAGAUUUUGGAUCCUGUCAUCACAUGAAGGACCCGAUGACCCUGAGGGUACAAAAAUCUUCAAAGUGGGAUCCAGUGAAGACGGCGGCCCACAGAAGAAAAUUGUAACUGCUGUUUAUGAAUUCCACCGAGAGCUGACGAGGGGAGCCUCUUCUGACUGGACUGUUACUACUGUUUGGCACUGGCACUGGAAACUAGCUGAAUAAUCUGACUCAGUUUUGCUCAGAUUUGUCAUUUUUUGCUUUCCUAUGGAAGGCAACCUUCAAACUGAGAAACUGUACUGAUCAUUUUCCAUUUGGAUCACAUUAAAUGGGACCCAGAGUGCUGCAGCUGUGCAGACACUGAGUACUACUUGAUGGUUUUUCUUUGGCUAUGUCCACACGUACCCAGGUAUUUUUGAAAACGCAGAUUUUUCUAUGCGUUUGCACCUUUCGUCCACACGCAAACGGCGUUUUUGGUCACUGAAAACUGAGAUUUUUAAAAACUCCG